AUGGCCCUUUCCCCAGAAACUCCUGAAAUGGGUGGGCCCUUUAGGGGCCCGCACGCUCAUCACGAAGAAAAAAACGAGCAAAAUAAUCCAAAACUUCCUUUUCUUUUUAAAGAAGGUCACAGAGAAGAAAAAGAAAACAAUAUGUUACUUUAUCGCCUUGAAUCCUCCAUUCCCGUAAUAUAUAUAUACAUUUCGGUAUUUUUUUGGUUUUACCCUGACGGUUGUUCCCUAAAAAAUGCCAGAACUGACGAAAAUGGAAGUGCCAAGAAGCCCCUUUUAACCCGCUCCCCGCUCUCCCCAUCGCAACUUCCACCCAUUCGCAACGUCUAUUUCUUGAUGAUUUUUUCUCUAGAUAUGCCAUCCGCCAGACUGCCUUCUGAUGCGAAGUAA